AAUCGAGGGCAUGCGAUGGAAAAGGGGGAGAAAAGUAUCGAAGGUGCGAGGUCUGAUAAAAGCAGCCGGCUUGCAGUAAUAGGCUCUCACUUUGUAACUCCUCCGAACGCCAUGGCUGAGAAGGAUGCCGCUCUCGCCGCCGUUCCCUCCGAUGCUCCCACCAUAUUUGACAAGAUAAUCAACAAGGAAAUACCGGCUAAGGUGGUUUUUGAGGACGAUAAGGUCCUUGCUUUUAGGGACAUUAAUCCCCAAGCUCCAAUACACAUUUUAAUCAUUCCCAAAGUUAGAGAUGGCUUAACUGGACUGUCUAAGGCAGAGGAGAGACACACUGAGAUUCUUGGUCAGCUUCUGUACGCAGCCAAGCUGAUUGCCAAGCAGGAGGGUCUUGAUGAUGGCUUCAGGAUUGUGAUCAACGAUGGCCCAAACGGAUGUCAAUCGGUUUAUCACCUUCACCUCCAUCUGCUUGGAGGACGGCAAAUGAACUGGCCACCGGGAUAAUGUGUACGUUUUAGAUGUGCUUAUAUUGAUUAUGAGGGGUCCAGCAAGAUUUCCAUGGGGAUUGUGUUUGUGAAGAUUAUAUUGACAUGGUAACUAGUAGUUCCUAAUGGUACUGGAGAUCUGGAACCUGUUAUAAACCUUCUCUCUUAAAACUAUUGAACUAGAAUAAAUUAAUGUGGCCAUGUUACAUAA